AUGCACUGGCUUGAAUUAACAUACGUAAUCGGCCCGCUGAUUAUAAUUGGUAUUCCCUCGCUUUUAGCAGCCGGCCGAAUUUGCAUUUUUUUUCUUGGGCCGAUCCUCAAGGCAUCAUUUGAGGCCAUGGGCGCACAGCAGGCCGCGGAUGUAAUAAGGGAAUUAAAUGGUAAUCCUAUACCCCACAGAGCCCCUCGGCCACAGGUGCAGCCAUCAGUGGAGCCAUCAGUGAAACCAUCAGUGCAAGUUAAGCACAAGCAUAUCCUUCCGCUAGAUGACGUAGCUUAUGACAUAGGCGCCCUCAAGCAAAGAGACAUUCUUCUCAGGUCGGCGGUCCUGGAUGCUGCUGCGCGGGGUAGGCUCAAAGAUAUUGAAAAUUUUGAUGAUCUCGGUCCUAAGGACUGGCGGUUGAAACUAGCCGAUUCGAAAAAGAGGCUUUGGGCCUGCGAGCAGGUCUAUUCGCAACUGCUGAAAGACCAGCCACUUCACUCAAGGAUACCACAAUAUGUCAAAUCCUGGUUUUUAAUGGAGGGGGAAACAUCGAUUUAUACGAUUAAACAUGGGAAAGGGCAGUGUAGAGACGCACAAGGUUGCUGUUCAAGGGGGUGCGGAUGCUGCCAAAAGCCACGAGGCAUGCUUCCUUCGGGACAACUGUAUUAUUCCCACUGCACAGCAUUCUGUCCUUGCUGUAUACGAAGUCGAGGAAUUGCAAUGCUGCCCAAGGAGUGUACACUUCGCGGUUCUGACAGGCUAUAUAGCACGUUGCAGAUUGAAGUGACUGCGGAGCCAGCGAUAACAGAAUAUCUCGCCAAUAAGACAAGGGGAGAGAAAGUGAAUGUCAGAGACGGCGACUGCUAG